AUGCGUGUUGCCAUGCCUGCAACCGGAACAGGAUCUUCCGAUGUUUCUGAUACCAAACAACCUGAAAAUACGGAAGAAAAACUUCAAACAUUUUUAACAAAUGAACUUGGAAUCGAAAACAAUAUUCCGUUUCACGUGGUACAUAGACUAAAACCGCGCCGAGAUAGAGGUCCGAGGGGAAUCGUUGCCAAAUUUGAAAAAAGAAAGGACCGCGAAUUGGUGAUGGCGGCUGCAAGAGAAAGAUUUAAAGAAAGGGACACUCAGUUUCGUGUCCAUGAACAAUUCCCAGCGGAAGUUAUUCAGAGAAGACGUGAAUUGGUGCCGAUCAUGAAGGAUGCAAGACAAAAAGGACACGUUGCACAUUUACGUGAUGAUAAACUGUUUAUCGACAACAAGAGAUUCUUCCCGCAUCCACCACCACAAAUGCCACCUAGACCACCGUUCCAAAACCAGCGACCCAUGGAGCAAAGACCACCUCCUCCUUUUCCUGGUGCAUAG